GAGAGUGAAGGAUGAUAAGAUUGUUCGAAUUGGGCCAAUCCUUUUUUGUUGCUCCUCAGAUAUAAACAAGCAAUUGAGUUUAUACAAGGCCAGUCUCUGAAUCGAACUUCCUUCCAAGGGUUAAUCAUCACUCUCCAGUUGAACUUCAAGGAUUACCAUGUCUGUGAAGGCUGGGGCAUUGAAAGUGUCCUUUUGGAUAACACUUCUGUUCGGGAACUUGAUUGCAACGGGCCAGUCUGACCCAGUGAGUGACAUUGCUGCCAUCAAAGAGCUUUUGGAGGUCAUUUUCCACAGGCAUCGCUCGGAAAUGGAAGAUCUCAAACUUCGCGUUCUAAGUGGAGAGGCAAAAAUUGAGGCGCUUCAAGAGGAUUUUUCUUUGCGAAUCUUCCGAAUUGAACAAACUCUCUCCAGACAAGUGAGAGAGGCUUCGACUCAUAUUCAACCAAGUGAAGAUGAUCAACCCAGGGCUGUUUAUGGCGACUUGGAAGCUCGCCUUGCCAAAUUGGAAGGCUUGACGAAGUACAAAGCCCCACGAACUUGUGAUGAGUUGAAGCGAAACGGACUUAAGAUGUCUGGAAUGUAUUAUUUGGACCCUGAUGGUCCCUCUCAAGGCCAUUCAGCCACCUUGGCUUUUUGUGACAUGACCAAAGGAGAGACCAGAAUGGAUCACAACUUGGGCGGUUCCCAUAGGGUUUCCAGUUGUCAAGAAUUUGGAUGCUCAGUACACAGAAUUCAAUACGAGAUGUCGGUGAGCCAGAUCUCCAAGCUCAUCUCGCUAUCAUCUCAGUGCUUUCAAGAAAUUCAGUAUGAUUGUCUAGGGGCUCCUUUGAGUUCUGGUUCCACAAAUUAUGCCUGGUGGACCGGGAGACACGGAAACACAUUCACCACGUGGCAUGGAAAUGGAAGUCAGCCAAUUUCGGGGUGUCAAUGUGGAGCAACUCAAACUUGCUUCGAAACGGACUUUCAGUGCAAUUGUGAUGCAAACAAUGGAACAAUAUGGCUACAAGACCGUGGUAAACUGACGGAUAAGUCAUCACUACCAGUUAUGCAGCUUAAUUUUGGAGCUGUAGAUGCGAGGAAGGGAAAAGUGGCCAAGUUCCAAUUGGGACCAUUGAAAUGCUUUGGAAACGUCAUGGAUGAAAAUGGGUCGUUCCGGACGGACCCUUCAUCAUGUCAAGAUCUUUGGAAUCAAGGGAUAACCCAGGUUGGCUAUUACAUGGUCAGAUCUCGAAAGGACCGCUAUCCCAAGGUGGUUUUCUGUGACAUGACCAUCGACACGAACCAAACGGGAUUUGAGCGCGUUUUUGGAAGCCCAGGCAACCUUCGCUACUUUGAGGCGUUUGAUGUAAGCUUGAACCAGCCGUUUUACGACGACUUUCGAUAUAUCAAUUUUACGACAGCCAACAUGAAUUCGGGUGGUCAUUUCAAUAUCAGGGACGGGAUCUACACGGUUCCUUACACGGGGACGUAUCUCUUCUCCAUUCAUGGUCUUCCACUCAAGCGAAGGCCAUUUAAACUCCAGAUUCACAAGAAUGGUGUCUCCGUGGCCGGCCUUUCCAAUGGCGAGAGUGAAUUUCAUUCCAGGCAAAUCCAUGGUGGGUCAGACGGUUGUAUUGGAUAUUGUAGCCGGAGAUAUGAUCCGUCUAUUCAACUUCGGAGGCGAUAUCUACGAUGAUCCAACAAGUUCCGACAGUUAUUUCCAUUUUAUCGGCGUUCUCUUGUAUUCAAGUGACAGAGCAUAGAUUUAACCUCUUCAUAUAUUUCAUGUAUACACACUUAAUCGAUUAAUAAGAUUGAUCACAUAAGCCGUGAGCGGAA